UUCUCCUAAUGACGUAUGCCUGAUUGGCAAGGCCGACGCGAACGUGGUCCUCCGCAAUAUCCCGCACCGGGAAAUGUUCAUAGCCGGCCGGCCAGCUGUGGCGGUGCAAUUUACUGCUUGCAGCCAGGUAACUUCGGCCCGCUACGGCACAUUCGGUUGGUAGGGUGAGGGCUGAGUCAGCAAACGUGGCUCCUGUAGGAGGAAAGCAGCCAGCCACAGCCACAGGCCGUCAUAGCCGUAGAUCUCGGCAAACCCUCGCUCUCUCGCUCUCAUCCUGCUUUCCUGUUUCUCUCCUGUCUUCCGACACGAGGUUCUUUUGCAACCUAGCUCUCCUCUCCCCCAACUCACCCUUCGUUUCUUGCUUUUCUGUUGAGAGUGCGUGCGCUCUCUGAUGAGUCCCGUUUUUGCGCAGGUGCUACGGCAAUUCUAGUCGACACCUGUUUUCUGUGACACAUCGUGCGUCUUUCCCUUGGCCCGUUUGAAAUUCUCGGCAGCUCUCGCAACGACAAGUUGUGAAAAAUAUGUUAACGGAUCUACUAGGUCUCUAGGUUUCAUUUACAUUUCUAUAUUCUGUCCACUCUAGUGACUUCAUAGUCGAAGCGCUUCAGACUCCUUUUUUGCACCGUAAUUCCUGAUUUCUGUUGACGCCCCCCAAAAAAAAUCCCGCAAUGCUUCGUACCACAGCCAUCAAGGCCGCCAGCAGCGGUAUGCUGCGUAGUGCUGCCUGCACAGCCACUAAGAGGUCUUUGACUCUUGCCACUACUGCCAGAAUUUCCUCUUCCAGCCAGAGCUCAAAAUUUGGCUUGACGACGAGACGACCUCUCGCCGUUGUUGACCGUUUGUCCAAUGGCAGCAGAAGCUAUGCUUCCUCCGCAGAGGAGACAAGUAAGGGCGUGGAUCCCAAUGAUUCCUUCCUCUCGGGCAACACUGCAAACUAUAUCGACGAGAUGUAUCUAGCGUGGAAGAAAGACCCGUCAAGCGUCCAUAUCUCAUGGCAGACCUACUUCAAGAACAUGGAGGACGGUAAUAUGCCUGUGUCUCAAGCUUUCCAGCCACCCCCAACCCUUGUGCCUACUCCAACUGGCGGUGUUCCUCAGACAAUGCCUGGCGCUGGUCUGUCGAUGGCUGCCGGCACCGAUGUUACGAAUCAUUUGAAGGUUCAGCUCCUCGUCCGCGCCUAUCAGGCCCGUGGUCACCAUAAGGCCAAGAUCGAUCCUCUGGGUAUCCGUGGCGAGGCUGAGGCCUUUGGCUACAGCAAGCCCAAGGAGCUGGAACUUGAUCACUAUGGCUUCACCGAGCGCGAUCUGGAUGAGGAGUUUACCCUCGGUCCCGGUAUCCUGCCGCGUUUUGCUACCGACGGUCGCAAGAAGAUGACUUUGCGCGAUAUUAUCGCCACCUGUGAGAAGAUUUACUGCGGUUCGUAUGGCGUGGAGUACAUCCAUAUCCCGGACCGCAAGCCAUGCGACUGGAUCCGCGACCGCUUCGAGAUCCCUGAGCCCUACAAGUACUCGGUUGAUGACAAGCGCCGCAUCCUCGACCGUCUCAUCUGGAGUCACAGUUUUGAGUCCUUCCUUGCCACUAAAUUCCCCAAUGACAAGCGUUUUGGUCUCGAGGGUUGUGAAUCGCUUGUCCCUGGUAUGAAGGCCUUGAUUGAUCGCAGUGUGGACUACGGUAUCAAAGACAUUGUCAUCGGUAUGCCUCACCGUGGUCGUCUUAAUGUCCUUUCCAACGUCGUUCGUAAGCCGAAUGAGUCCAUCUUCAGCGAGUUCGCUGGCUCCACCGAGCCCUCUGACGAAGGCUCCGGCGAUGUUAAGUACCAUUUGGGUAUGAACUUCGAGCGCCCUACCCCAUCUGGCAAGCGUGUCCAGCUGUCUCUGGUUGCCAACCCAUCUCACUUGGAAGCCGAGGAUCCCGUCGUGCUCGGAAAGGCUCGCUCCAUUCAGCACUACAAUAAUGAUGAGAAGGAAUUUAACACUGCUAUGGGCGUUUUGCUGCACGGUGAUGCGGCAUUUGCUGGCCAGGGUGUCGUGUACGAGACUAUGGGCUUCCACUCCCUGCCUGCUUACUCUACUGGCGGAACCAUUCACAUUAUCGUGAACAACCAGAUUGGUUUCACUACCGACCCUCGUUAUUCCCGUUCCACCCCUUACUGCUCGGACAUCGCCAAGUCGAUUGAUGCCCCUGUCUUCCACGUGAACGGUGACGACGUUGAGGCCGUCAACUAUGUCUGCCAGGUUGCCGCAGACUGGCGUGCUGAGUUCAAGCGCGAUGUCGUCAUUGACAUUGUUUGCUACCGUAAGCAGGGCCACAACGAGACCGAUCAGCCUUCUUUCACUCAGCCCUUAAUGUAUAAGCGGAUUGCCGCUCAGAAGAACCAGCUUGACAAGUAUGUCGAGAAGCUGAUUGCUGAGGGUACAUUCACUAAAGAGGACAUCGAUGAGCACAAGAAGUGGGUCUGGGGAAUGCUUAACGAUAGCUUUGACCGUAGCAAGGACUAUCAGCCUACUGGCAAGGAGUGGUUGACCUCCGCGUGGAACGGAUUCAAGUCUCCCAAGGAGCUGGCCACCGAAGUUUUGCCCCACCUCCCCACUGGUGUUGAGGGUUCUCUUCUGAACCACGUCGCUGACAAGAUCAGCGGUGCACCGGAUGGCUUCACGCUGCACCGUAAUCUCAAGCGUAUCUUGUCCAACCGCAAGAAGACUGUGGAUGAAGGCAAGAACAUUGACUGGGCUACCGCCGAGGCUCUUGCUUUUGGCUCCCUCGUUUCGGAGGGCUACCAUGUCCGUGUUUCCGGCCAGGAUGUUGAGCGUGGUACCUUCUCCCAGCGCCAUGCCGUUGUGCACGACCAGGAGAACGAGACCACCUAUACUCCUCUGCAGCACAUCUCUGAUAAGCAGGGCAGCUUCGUUAUCUCUAACUCCUCUCUGAGCGAGUUCGGAGCCCUUGGAUUUGAAUACGGUUACUCCUUGACCUCGCCCAACGCCCUCGUUAUGUGGGAAGCGCAGUUUGGUGACUUCGCGAACAACGCUCAGUGCAUUAUUGACCAGUUCAUCGCCUCGGGAGAGUCUAAAUGGCUGCAACGCUCCGGUCUUGUCGUUUCUUUGCCCCACGGUUAUGAUGGCCAAGGCCCAGAGCAUUCUUCCGGCAGAAUGGAGCGCUGGUUGCAGCUCUGUAACGAGGAGCCUCGUAUCUUCCCCUCUGGGGACAAGCUUGACCGCCAGCACCAAGACUGCAACAUGCAGAUUGCCUACAUGACCACCCCUGCCAACCUGUUCCACAUCUUGCGUCGGCAGAUCCAUCGCCAGUUCCGCAAGCCUCUUGUGAUCUUCUUCUCGAAGGCCCUCCUCCGUCAUCCGAUUGCCCGCUCCGACAUUGAGGAUUUCACUGGCGAUUCUCACUUCCAGUGGAUCAUCCGUGACCCCGCUCAUGGCUCCGCGAUUGAUGAGCCUGAGAAGAUCGAGCGUGUCAUCCUCUGCUCGGGACAAGUUUACGCUUCUCUGGUGAAGCACCGGGAGGCUAAUGGCAUCCGCAACACUGCCAUCACUCGUAUCGAGCAGCUUCAUCCCUUCCCUUGGGCCCAGCUCAAGGAGAACCUCGACAGCUACCCCAACGCCCGCAACAUCGUUUGGGCCCAGGAAGAGCCUCUGAAUGCGGGUGCCUGGAGCUACACCCAGCCUCGUAUUGAAACUCUGCUGAAUGAGACUGAGCACCACAACCGCCGCCACGUUCUCUACGCUGGUCGCUCUCCUAGUGCCUCCGUGGCUACCGGUCUCAAGGGUGUGCAUCUCAAGGAAGAACAGGAGUUCCUCGAGGAGGCCUUCUCCGUUCACCAACACCGGUUGAAGGGUGAGUAAACUUGUGGUAGCUUGGGCAAGGGAUAUAAUAGCCUGUAAUAGGUGCCUUGUCUUCAGAAAUAUGAGGCAGCGAACACUCGCUUCAGUCUCCUUUGUACGAUUCCAUUUGUUGACAACAUCCUAUAUUACUGUGGCGGAACAUUUAGACUUCUGGUUCCUGGCACACUUUUACAUUGUCCGGCCUGUUUAUACCUAGCAAGUGAGUUUUGUGUGCAUGUAAAUUAAAGAUUUGAUAUACAAUUUUUUUUUCUAUAUUUGUUCU